AUGGAGAACUUCGGCAGCUCCCGCCUGGACUUGUGCAGCACUAGGGAAUACCAGUUUGAGAUCGGACCCCCCGACGUGCUGGAGCGCAAGGGCUCCCUGACCCUCCGCUCCCGUCACAAAAAAUACUCGAAUCCGGUGUUGGUGUAUUCCUGGCACCGCAACAGAGAAGCUUACCCCAAAGAUUAUGAUAUCGAGGGUCCUGAGAAAAUUAAAAAACUGUGUGACUCAACAUAUCGGAGACUUGGAACUGAUGAACCCCAAAUUUGGAUCUCAGAAACACAUGAACAAACGGCACGAGUUUUUUUAAACACAGAAUUGGCUCAAAUAAAAAGCCGUGCUUUAUUGAAUGAGGAAACAUGGUGCUCUGGGAUUGUUGAAAGGGACACUGGAUUGCCUGUGACAGGCUUUGGAGCUCUCUUUACCAGACACCCACCAGAUCGGCGCAGGAUGUGUGCAUUGACAACAUAUGCUGAAAACUACACUCCACCAUAUAAUUAUCAGCUACUUGAUUAUCCUUGUCAAGAUGAUUAUUCAAUAGUCCACAGAAAAUGCCGUUCUCAGUUCUCAGAUCUAAAUGGCUCCAAAAGAUUUGGCAUCAACACUUGGCAUGACGUGAGUGGGAUUUAUGCUAAUUCAUAUGCCAAACAAGAACUCUACCCAUCAACCGGUGGUCCUAUACUCCCAUUUUCAUAAUAAUUUAUGAAAUCAGAUUCUCUGACUAAUGAAAGAAUAAUUGAUUUAGCAGUUGAUGAUUUUUUUUAUCAUAAUAA